AUGGGCGUGGCCAGGUGCAUAUUGGAGGACCCCGAAGGCCGCUCCCCCCAGCCAGGUGCCUCCUCCGUGGUGCCUGAGGACCUGGCCCCCCAACACCCAGACAUGCAGGUGUACGGGAGCGACCACUGCCGGGAGAGGAACCUGGGCCUCUACUCCUUCGGGCUGCUGGCGGAGCUGCGCCCGGAGGCGCCCGACGGCGGCUUCCCCCUCGGGCGGGACGCCGUGGCGUGUGAGGAGUGCAGGGCGGAGGGCGACAAGUGCUUCUUCGUGGGGGAUGAGCGGAGCAACGAACACCUUGGGCUGAUGGUAAGUCACGUGGUGUUCUUCCGUGAGCACAACCGCCUGGCGCGUGCACUGGGACCCCUCAACCCCCACUGGGACGACGAGAAGGUGUACCAGGAGGCUCGCCGCAUCAACAUCGCAGAGUACCAACACUUCGUCUACAGCCAGUUCUUGCCGGAGCUCCUUGGGCCUAUCAAGAUGGCAGACUAUCGCCUUCAACCAGAAUCAUCGGGCUACUACCAGGGUUACGACAGCACCGCCGACCCGUCCAUCCUCAACGAGUUCUCCACAGCGGCCUUCAGGGUGGGGCACACGAUGGUCCCCGACGAGCUGUUGCUGAUGGACAACCACUUCCUCCCCAUCGCCUCCGUCCCCAUCGUCAACACCUUCCACAAUGCCUCCAUGACUUGCUAUUGGGAAUACAGUUAG